AUGAGAACUAUCAAAAUACCAGCCUUAGGGCUCCGAAGCCUCCUGAGUUUAUUGGUGAUACUGGUGGAGGGGUGGCAUGAUUUAGAUAACAAAGACUAUGACUGUUGGCCCUUGGAAAAGCCAGAUGAGUACAACAUGCUGGAUUGUGGAGGCCUCGAGAUGGUAUGGGUACAAAGGCCCCCAGAAAAGGUUGUGAGUGGGGAAUUCUUUAAUGUGACCUAUGCAGUCUUUGCUUCAGACAGCUUUUAUCAAUAUGCAGUGCAAAAUGGAAUCCUUUCUCACAGCAAUGCUACUGCUGCAAAGGAAUUCUGUGAGGAGCAUGAAUGCCCUGCCAUCUGGAAAGAUGCAGAUGGGGAGAACUGCUGUGUUCACCAUGCCAACAUUCACUCCUGUCCUUUGGCCUUCAUGGGCAGAGGAGGAAUAUGUGGUCCAUGGAUCCCAGACGAUGGCCAGAUAUUUACUCACACUUUGUCUACAGCAGGCAAAAUGAGUCAAAGAAACUGGACUGCCAAGGUUGUUUUAGUUCAUGUGGGUCUGACUUCUCUCAUCGCACACAUCAGAGUUGGAAGAAUGCAAGUUGCUCUGGAAGCAAAAACUACAGUGCUUCCUGCAGUAGUCUGUGGAGAUGGCUUUUGUGAGGAAGAAGAAGGCUGUUCCAUCUGUCCAGCAGACUGUGGGGAAUGUCCAUUGUCUACAGAUGCUAGAGUAGCAAUUGCCUUACCGAUAUGUUUGGUCUGUGCUGGCUUCAUUUUGGCAGUCACAUGGUUUCAAUAUCAGAAACAGAAAAUGUUUUGGGAUGAAAGCUGGAUUAUAGACUUUGCGUGCAUCAAACAAGGGUCUUACAAAAGUGAUGGAAGAACAGUGGCCAUAAAGAAAAUAAUGAAGAAGGCAUUUACACUGUCCAAAACCAUACGUAAAGAAGUAAAGCAAGUGAGGGAACUUGAUCAUCCCAAUCUCUGCAAAUUUAUUGGAGGUUGUAUAGAAGUUCCAAAUGUUGCCAUCGUGACAGAGUACUGCCCCAAAGGCAGCCUGAGUGAUGUUCUACUCAAUGAAGACAUUCCUCUGAACUGGGGUUUCAGGUUUUCUUUUGCUACUGAUAUAGCACAAGGAAUGGCCUAUCUUCACCACCACAAAAUGUAUCAUGGUCGAUUGAGGUCAAGUAACUGUGUGAUAGAUGACCGAUGGGUUUGUAAAAUUGCAGAUUACGGUUUGCAGUCAUACAGAAAAGAAGAUUCUCCUGAGGGGUCAGGCUCAUACCAGCAACAUUUGAUACAGAUUUACACAGCUCCUGAAAUCCAUUCCCUUUCAGACUUUGAACCCAAUUCUAUGACAGACGUCUACAGCUAUGCCAUCAUUUUACUAGAAAUUGCCACGAGAAGUGACCCUAUGCCAGUAAGUAAAGAUGCACUUUGAACUGAAUAUUCUUGGUGCCCACCUUUGGCAGAAUUAAUUUCAGGAAAGGCUGACAAUUCUUGCCCAUGUCCCACAGAUUACAUAGAGUUAAUCAGAAGGUGCAGAAAAAACAACCCAGCUCAAAGGCCUACAUUUGAACAAGUCAAGAAAAUGUUGUGUAAGAUGAAUCCUAAUAAAGUUAACCCUGUUGACAUGAUGAUGACUCUGAUGGAGAAAUACAGCAAACAUCUGGAGAUACUGGUUUCUGAGAGAACACAGGAUUUAAUGCAUGAAAAACAGAAGACUGAUCGUCUAUUGUACAGUAUGUUGCCAAAGCAAGUAGCAGAUGAUCUCAGGCAGGGAAAGCAUGCACAAGCUCAAAGUUACUCAAGUGCCACCAUCUUUUUCAGUGACAUCGUUGGCUUCACUCAGCUGUCCAGCAGCAGCACACCUUACCAAGUGGUAGAUCUCUUGAACAAGCUUUAUACCACUUUUGAUGAAAUCAUAGAUAACUAUGAUGUCUAUAAGGUGGAGACAAUAGGAGAUGCCUAUAUGGUGGUGUCAGGAGUACCCAGAGAGAAUGGGAUCCGUCAUGCUGGUGAGAUCGCAAGCAUGGCUUUAGAUCUUCUGGAUGUCUGCAAGACUUUUAAGAUCCCACACAAACCCAGCACUCUCCUGAAGAUAAGAGCAGGAAUCCAUUCAGGGGCAGUUGUAGCUGGAGUUGUAGGGACCAAAAUGCCACGAUAUUGUUUAUUUGGAGAUACUGUGAACACAGCUUCCAGGAUGGAAUCCACCAGUGAAGCUCUUAAAAUACAGUGCAGUUCAAGUGCAUACCAGCUGUUGAAGCAGAUUGGAGAGUAUGUAUUAGUAUGCCGGGGGAAUUUACAAGUCAAGGGGAAAGGAGAUAUGGUAACAUACUGGCUUGAAGGUAAGAAAACCUCUACUAUCCAGAAGACCGGCACCAACACUUCUUUGACUCUUCAGGACCCCAACAGGGCUUCAUUUAGUUUGAUACCAGGUGUCCUGCCUUGUGAUCCUCUCUCAAAUCCUGCUUACUAG